GAUUGUCACGCACACAGUCGCAAACCCUGCGCUUGCGCACCUCUACCUGUGCGCAAGAGUCACAUUCCGCCGCCCACUCUGCAACAGGCCGCGUAACCGCGAAGCCUUCGUUAUAAGUUUUUAAUUUUAGAAAGGUUUGUUGUAUGUGACUGGAUUAUAUUCUCGGAUUACUUGGUGUUGAAAAAUGGCAUUCUUUUUGUAAGGUCAAACAUGUCACGUUUGGUGUGUCUGCUCGCUGUAGUGAGCGUGGCGGUUGCCGAGCUCACGUUUGAUGGCGUCAGGUGUGGCCAGUUGACCUGCCAGCUCGACGAGUACUGCUCUCCAGAGACUAACAGAUGUGCCGCCUGCAAUGUUGUUUGCAAUCGGACCCAUCACAACUAUGACUCCGGGCUUUGCAUUAAGGAAUGUCAGGGAUAUUUACUGGACUUAAGAUACCAGCGUCGGUCCGAUGCAUCAUCACCAUCAGAUUACGGCAGUGUGCAGCGACAAGCUCAGGCAGCGCUUAUUUUAAGCAGCGUAGCUCUAGCUGUUUUGUUGUUGGUCGUCAUCAUCUGGUGUAGGGGAAGCUUCUCUUGGAGAUAUAUAAAACAGAAACUACAGCCAGCAAAGAAUAGAGUGAGGACGUAUCCAGGGGAUAUAAUGCAUCACAAUCCCCAUGCCGAUAUGCCUAAAUCGAAGCCCGAAUUGAAACUGGAAAUUAGGAAUCCCGAGCCGAAACCGAACCCGCAGCCUCUGAACCCGAGAGACUUGGACAAUCGCACCUCACAGCCGGAUAAGAGUCAAGGAGCGACUACUCCGAAAACGAUCAGCACAGCACUGAGUAACCGACACCCGGCCGAAGAUACUACAUUAGAUUUUUCUUACGACAACAUGGCAAUGAAUGAAACACCACCCGAACAGAUUGGCUUACCUACUCAUCGUUUUUGAAUGUUUUAUUAAUCAAAUUUAAUUUAUCGGAACAGUGUAUUUUCAAUAUUGAAUGAUGAAAGCAUUACAAGCAAUUCUAAAAACUAUAAGACUAUCUUGUUUAUAUUAAACAAGAUCAGCGUCAUUAUUUUCUUCCUUUUUAUAUUUUUUUCGACUGAUAUAUAACCUUUCUAUUAAUUCAUACCUAUAGAACAACAUCUGUCAAUAUAACUCUUAAACAG